AUGGCAACCUCUGAAUGCCUGCACUCAAACAAACAGGAGAACAAAAGGUUUGUGUGAUUCCGAAUGCCAAGAUUUCAGGAUGGCAGCUCCACGGUUGACCAGAUGACAAGACUCAAGCUCAGGCUGCUGGAGAAGGUAGGUGAAAGGAUAAGACUGGAAAACGAAAAGCAGGAUAUGGACGACAGAGCAGAGUCGGCACAGUCUGCAAUGAUUUAUGACGGGCAUCUGGAUGCACUGUACAGUGCAAUGAGGCGACAGCAGGAACUCCUGCAAAGACUGAGGGAGCAGCAUAUGUUAGAAGACCUUCAUAGGCCUCACACCUGGGGAGGGUCCAGAAGACACCACCAGUCCCAUUUCGUCACUGUCCCACCACGGCUGCCAGCACUCCCAUCCAUUUUACCCACUCACAUCCACCACCCAGCCCCGGCUUUGUCCUUCCUGGCGCCUCCACCACCUGCUGUGCCUCCGCGCAUCAUUCCACAGACUCUCCCCCAGCAUCCUGCCACCAUCAUUCAACAGCUGCCCCAACAGCAGCCUCUGAUUGCUAAGAUUCCUCCACCUCAGCUGUAUCCUGCUCUACGUUCAGGCAGCGUCAAAGAGGACAUGGUGGAAUUAAUGCUGAUGCAAAAUGCCAAAAUGCACCAGAUUAUAAUGCACAACAUGAUGCAGAAAGCCAUGCCUCCUAUGGCCCUGUCGCCAACCAGGGGACCUGAUAUCUGUGCCACCCACGUUGGACAGCCAGAUGUCAGGACAAGAGGAGGUGCUGUCCAUCAUCAUCAUCACUACGAUCCUCACCCUGCAGCAACACAGCUGCCUCCUAUCAGUUACCCUCCAUGGUUAUCAUCAGGCAUCCCAGCAGGACAAGCAGGGGGUCACCUCCCCCCCUUACACCAUGCAACAGCACCUAUUCAACUCCCACCAGUCAAUGCGUAA